AUGGCAGCAUAUGACGCCUCACAUAACUUCGAGCAUAUCCUCCGUGUAACUGCACUCUCCCAGUCUAUCCUCACGGCGGAGCCGGAGGCUCAAGAUCCCACCGUGGUGCUUCUCGCAGCGCUUCUCCACGAUGUGACUGACAAGAAAUACACAAACAACGACGAUGAUGCAUCGAAGUUGGCGGAGAUACUCGCUCGCGCGAAUGUCGGACCCGAUCUGUCAGCGCGCAUUAUCACGGUCGUCAACCAUGUCUCGUACUCGACCGAGAAGCGCAACCCGGAGCAGACGCGACAGGUGCUGAGUGAAAAUCCAGAGCUCGGUAUCGUGCAAGAUGCAGACCGACUUGAUGCGAUUGGGGCGGUUGGUAUUGGACGAGUGUUCACGUUUGGCGGAGCAAAGAUGCCUCAAUCCAGCAUGCAACUCUCCCGUGAGCAUAUUGAGGAGAAGCUGAUGAAUCUGGAGGGCCUUAUGAAGACGAAAACCGGCCGACGGAUGGCCAGAGUGCGCACCGAGAGGCUGCAAUCUUUCUCUCAGUGGUGGGACGAGGAGUGGGCUCUCUAG